CUUCUCCUCUCCCACCUCCUGGAAAAAGUUUGGCCCGAGACACACAGACAGGGGUUUUCUUUCCCCAAAGGCUAGCCAGGAUGCACGGCGCCGGCCCUGCCGCCGACGGGAGGAGCAGGGCUUCACCGGACAAGGCCGCCGAGAGUACCAAGAAGGCGCGGUUGGACCUGCCUGACGGCCACGUGAAGGUAGACAUGGCAAGAGGAGGAGAUGGAUGCGCUAUCGUCGCGGCGUAUGGCCCGAGAGAGGAGCUCGCCGUGAGGAUCGACAAGCGCCUGCUCCACUGCCUCCUCUGUACCGUCCCCUUCAAGGCCCCCGUCUUCCAGUGCAAAGCGGGGCACCUGGCAUGCGGCGACUGCGUGGCCAAGCUGCCCUUCGGGCAGUGCAAGGCAUGCGUGGACGGCGGCGGCUUCUUCGACCCCUGCCCCGCGCUGGACGCCGUCGUGUCCUCCACCAGGAUCGUGUGCCCCAACGCCGGAUGCCAGAGGUACGUGACCUACCACGAGGUCGCCGAGCACCAGACUGCGUGCCCGCACACGCCCUGCCGCUGCACGGAGCCGGGCUGCGGCUACAUCGGCGCGCCACAGGCGCUCGCCGGGCACCUCCACACCGUCCACUUGGUGCCGAUGCGCGCCGUGCAGUACGGCAAGGUCAUCCAGCUCCAGCUGCCGGUGUCCACCCCGCGGGUGGUGCUCCUCGGCGACGACAAUCGCGUUUUCCUCCUGAUUGUGGGCGCGCUCGGCGCCGGCGUGACUGCCGUGUCCAUGGUGUGCGCCAGGGCGAGGGCGGUGGCAUGCCCGCGGUUCAUGUGCAAGAUGUGGGUCAACCUGGAGCCACCCUCGGCGGCGGUGGUGAACGGCGGCAGGGCUGACUUUGUCCUGGUGGAGAUGCACAUGAGGAGCAGCUCGUCGCCCGGUGCGGUGGUCGUCGCGGACGAGCCCACGUUCCUAUCGGUGCCGCGGAUGUACCUGGUUCCAGCAGCAGGGAUUGGGGGUGAUGGGGCUGCGUCCUUGCAAGUUCCCCUACACAUCCGCAUCGACAAGCUCUCCCCUUGGUCCGAUCAGAUCCGCAUCUGAUGAUGGGAAACAAACCAUGCAUUCAAGGCCGUUCAUGCUUACUAUUUUGGAGAUCCAACUAAAACUAUUUGUGCGAUGUUAAUUAGUAGAUGCAGUUCAUCGUUGAUGUAGUCCAAGCUAGUGAACUUUAAUGUCAUUUUAAGGUACGUAAAUCGGAGGAUAUUAUGCUUGGUGCUAAUCCUGUCG